AACUCCUUCCUUAAAUAUUGAUCAUUUUUGUUUCCUUUCAAAAUCAGCGGAGGUAUCUAGAUCCAUCAUCCAAGGUCAACACUCUUGUUGUUUCCCUGAGAAUCAGAUCUUGAUCAUCAUGUUCAGAACACUAGCAAGGGAGUUGAAACUCAGCAACAUGAGCAAUGGUAGUAUCAGAUUGUAUGCAAGUUCAAUGGUUGGUGGAAGAAGUAAGUUGGAAGGAAAAGUGGCAAUCAUAACAGGAUCAGCAAGUGGGCUUGGAAAGGCCACAGCCCAUGAAUUUAUCCAAAAUGGGGCCCAAGUUAUCAUUGCGGACAACGACACUCAACUUGGGCCACAAGUUGCAAAAGAGUUAGGCCCAUCAGCACAAUAUGUGGAGUGUGAUGUCACUGUUGAAGCCCAAAUAGAAGAAGUUGUAAAUGUUGCCAUAACAAAGUAUGGUAAACUAGACAUCAUGUACAACAAUGCUGGCAUUACAGGCCCAAUAUUCCCACCAAGCAUAACAGAAUUGGACCUUGAUGAAUUUGAAAAAGUCAUGAGAAUCAAUGUAACCGGAGUCAUCGCCGGUAUAAAACACGCGGCCCGCGUGAUGUUACCAAAGGGCUAUGGAUCAAUUAUUUGUACAUCAAGCAUAAGUGGGCUUUUUGGUGGGCUUGGACCUCAUUCAUACACAAUUUCAAAGUCUACAAUACCUGGGGUUGUGAAAUCUGUGGCUAGUGAGCUAUGUAAAGAUGGGAUUAGAGUCAAUUGCAUCUCACCAACUGCAAUUCCUACACCAAUGUCAGUGACUCAAGUUGGAAAAUUUCUUCAUGGUUUCACCCAAGAAGAAAUAGGGGAAAUGGUAAGUGGCCUUAGUGUUCUCAAAGGUGCCAAAUGUGAGACCAUUGAUGUUGCUAGGGCUGCAUUGUACUUAGCAUCAGAUGAUUCUAAGUUUAUCUCGGGUCACAAUCUCGUAAUUGAUGGAGCGUAUACUAGCUUUAAAAAUUAUGUGUUUGCCUCUCCCGAGUAAGGGAUGUUUUAAAUUGCAGUUGCGGAGUUUUUAAAUUGAGGUUGCUGAAAAUUAAGAAUAAAAUGUGAUUGUUUAAAUGGUCAUUGCAAUAUGAUUAGAGAGACUUAAAAAUCUUGUAUAAUUGAAUUAUGGUUGAUUUUUAAAUUUGUUGGAAAAUUUAUUUUA